AUGGGAAUAAUCAAAGAAAAUGGAAAAACUCAACCGCAGUACAUUAAUGCCGGAUUGUACAACUCAUUCCACGACUUGUGCAUUGAUCCAGAUUCCUUCGAUCGACAACCGUUUCCAUUAAGGGAGUUAGAAUUGGAUGAGCCUUUUUACUCGUCAUGCAUCUGGGGCCCGACAUGUGACCAACUGGACUGCGUGUACCGUGACUGCAAGCUUCCGCUGCUACGAGCUGGCGAGUUUAUCAUUUUCCGUGAUAUGGGAGCGUAUGUGUCUACACUUAGCUGUGGCUUCAACGGCUAUGGUACCCCGACGUACUACCACAUUGCACCCAUAGAAUCCCUGUGA